AUGCCUUCCUUCUACCCCCGGCAUAACAUGCCUCGGCUCUCUCCGCCAGAGUUCGUGCCCAGCUAUCACUCUGCAUGCGGUGCAUCAUACCCACCGCAACAGCCUGCUUAUGCUGGUCCUACGAUCCGCCAACAAGAUGAUGGUUACGACUUCGCAGACCGCUACGGCCAACUGGCCAUCGCCAUGCCACCCAUGUACCCGCAGGCCGGCACCUAUCUAAGCACUGCACCCCCCAGUCUCCCUCCAGCCAACUCGUUCUACGAUCCCAUGGGCGCAACUCUUCCUCCAAUGCGCAUGCAGUCUGGAAACUCGAUGGCGGAUGCAGCAAUGCAGCAACAGCAACAGCAGCAGCAGCGACUGCACGAGUACAACCAGCGCAUAAGCCAACAGGCUAAGGAAGAGAAGCCCGUUGGUGGCGUCUCAGCCAAGUUGGACUACGACAUGGAGGUCAUGACCGAUUUCGUAUGCGACACAGCCCUGCGCCUCAUAACUCCCGGUCGAAUGAUGCCUUCCACCUUUCGAAAAUGGGUACAUCAAGUCCUUUGUGCCACGAGGCUUCCCUCGGCAACCAUCCUGCUCAGCAUAUUUUAUUUGUCCAACAGGAUGCCGAUGCUGGCUCACGAGCCAAAGACGGAUACUCAUUUGUUCCGCCUGCUUACCAUUGCGCUGGUGCUUGGUAGCAAGUUCUUGGAUGACAACACCUUCAUCAACCGUUCUUGGUCAGAGGUCAGCGGCAUUCAGGUUCAUGAGCUGAAUGAGCUCGAGCUGGAAUGGCUCCUCGCUAUCAAGUUCAAGCUUCAUCGCGACCCCGCGGAGCAACAAGGCUGGACCUCUUGGUCAGAGCACUGGAAGGAGUACCAAAAGACCGCUGCUGCACGCGCAGACCGUACCAGCAAGUUGAGUCCCAUUGACACUACGAUGCACCGACGCUCAUUCAACUCCAACAAGCCGCUUCCUCCUCUGCCGAUGCAGCAGGCUUACACUCCAUCGUACGACUAUGCGCCCAAGUCUGCACACUACAACCCUCCGUCUUAUUCCCAGUACGAUCCAUGGAGGUCCGCAAGCGAACAUUCUCCUGCGUCUGCACCUACCACGGGUCCCACCACUCCCGAGUACUAUGGCGCAACGGGCACUUGGGCUCCCGUUGAGGGAUAUUCGCGUCGCACCAUGUUCGGAUUCCCACCCUUCUCUCAGCCCGCCCCUGUACAGGCGUCCCAACAGUCGUCCAACUAUGGUCCAGCAGCCUACUCACAGUAUACGCCUUCUGCAUGGAACCAGCAUGGCCUGAGUUGUGGAUGUGCGUACUGUAUCCAAAGACAUCCGCCAUACUUCAUGGCUCCCGGCUAUGGCCCCCAGGCUGUCGCUGUCUAA